AUGGACAACAAGCGCAAGGCCGGCUCUGCGAAUGCGGUCUCCGCUGCAGCUGAGCAGGACGAGCGCAACAAGAAGAAACAACGGCUUGCAGAGAAAUACAACUUUAAGGAGCAGCCAGAAACACGCGAGUCAACUUCUGAACAUGGUCUCUUCUUCCUGGAGUUGGUCCGUCGAACCUCUGACAAGAAUGGACGUCGUGUCGCAGGAUACUUCGAAACACUUCCGCCCCGUGCCGAGAAUCGCGAUUACUACAAGAAGACGAAGAUGCCCAUCUCGCUCGAGAUGGUUGAGCAAAAGUUGAACAACCAUGAGUUUGCGACCCUUACGGAGGUGGAGAGCUACUUCAAGCGCAUGGUCAGCAACGCCAAGGAGUACUAUUCCCGCAACUCAAGCACUUUCGAGGAUGCCGAACGUGUGCGAAAGGCUCUUAGCAACCACAUGACGAAGGUCAACCCCGCCUAUCACCGUGGCGACGGGUACACAGCAUUUCCCACGCCUAUUCCCUCCGAGCUUCAGAACGCCGAGGAGGAGGCCCCCGAGACCCCUGCAGAGUCGGAUGACGAGGAGGGGGAGGAGGAGGAGGAGGAGGAAGAAGAUGAUGCUGCCGCAGAUGAUGACGAGGAUGACGAUGACAGAGAUGCCGAUGUCGAAGACGACGGAAAACCUCAGCGGUCGGGUCGACCCUCGAUCAUCUUGCGUCGUGGUUCAGCUCGCAAGUCAGCUGCCAGCAGCACCCCCAACGCUACUGCUACGCCUCGAUCUGCCAAUCGCAAAGGCGACGACGUUUACGCUGAUAUUCCUUACAAAGAGUGCUCCUUCCAGGAAGCACAGGAGAAGAUUGUUGAAGAGUUGAUUCGCAAGACAGAAGACGACUCCGAUGAACCCCAGUUCGAAAUAUUCCUCAACUUGCCCUCGCGGUCGCUCAAGGACUAUUAUGCACAUGUUUCCAACCCACUCUCCAUCAAGAAGCUCCAGAAACGCGUCAAGGGCGUUCAAGGCCGCGGCAAUUGUACCCAUGUCAGCGAGUUCAAGAGUUGGGCCGCUUUUGAGGAAACCGCAAGCUUGAUCUGGACAAACGCCCAGUUCUACAACGAAGAGGACAGUGAAUACUAUGCCGUUGCCGGCGAGUUCAAGAAUUUCUUCCUUGACCAGCUCAAGCAGGCCAAGAAGGUCGUUGAGGAGCCACCUCAGCCAAAGAUCAAACUCAAGGUCACCAACGACCAGCCCAUUUCUACGUCUAAGAAGAUCACAAUUCAGCUCCCUCCUCGAGGCGGUUCCACAUCCUCUCCUGCACCUCCUACGCCGGCUCGGGGCACUACGACGCACGCUGUACAGAAGCCGGCGGCAUCCAACGGGGCCACUUCCCAGUCUGCACAGGCCACUGCAGUUAGUGGCACAAGCUCUAUCGACAAAGCUCGUAGUGCGUCGGUAGCAUCCCCUGGCCCUGCCCUCAACGGUAUCAAGAGGGAGAGCACAUUCCGUCCAUCUCCUGUCAUGGCUCCCGCUCAGCUCAAUGGCACAGCGCCACCUUCAAACGCUGCGCCUGCCCUCAGCAACGCCCAGUUUCAACCCAUCCCGGCCUCGCAGCAGCCCAACGGCCUCCACGUGCCCAAACCUAAGUCACCAUUCGAGCAGACCACACGCCGCGCUGGCAAGGGUGCGUCUGAUGCUCUCAUCCAGAACCUGAGAAUUCAGACACACCCUGUGCUGAACAUGCAUCAGCAUCAGGUGGUGUACGACAUUAUGCCUCUUGAAAGCGAGAGUCAGCAGUCCGUUGCGAUGCACCUGCCGGCAAAUCACCUUCGCGUGCAGAUUAUCUUAACGCUGCCUCCCUUCCUACAAGCUCAACAGCGACAGUACAAGAUUUGGGCUAUUGCCAACCGGCACGUUCUCAGCCAGCAGGCGCCUGUAGCCGGCCAGGUCCUCCCACCCUUCUCGAGUGUAUUCGAGGCGCAGCUGAACGCCGGAUCGGUCAACGUCAUUGAGGUCCAUGUCAUCGCUGCACUUGUCAAGGCGGAGCGCACACUUGACGGUCCCGAAGCGGAACUCGAGCAGUUUACCGUGCUUGCCAAUGUCAUGCGGAACUAG